AUGUUGUUACGUACACAAAUGGCGGGCCUGGAGUUCUACGACGCGGUCCUUAAUAACGAUUUGCAGCAACUGAAACGUCUUGUAGCACAGCACAAACUUGAUCUCAAUGGGAAAUUCAUAGAGGUAAGGCGCAAGAACGAUGCUGGUUUGUGCCCUAUACAUCUGGCCUCGUACAGAGGCCACACCUACAUGCUACAGUACUUAAUUGAAGCAAAGUGCGAUGUCAACCACACAACGGGGACCCUUCGAAGAACAGCCUUGCAUUUCGCCGUUCAGAGUCACAAAAUGGCAUGUAUGCUGCUUCUAAUAGCAGCAGGGGCCAAACUGGACGCCAAAGACACAUUUGGAAAUUCGCCUUGUCAUUACGCUGCAGACGACGGUUACUGUCAAAUCCUUGAUGUCUUGAUUCGUCGAGGCGUUAAUGUAAAUAGCCAAGAUAUUACAUCCAAAACACCUCUAAUGAAAGCCGUGAGAAACAAUAAAACGGACGCUGUUCUACGUUUGCUAAGAGCCAGUGCAGAUCUGAACAUUACUGACAGAAACUGUGACAUGGCUCUGCAUUAUGCAGCAAGGAACGGCUGUGUUGAUAUUAUAGAUAUUUUACUAUCAGCUGGCAGUCUUAUUAAUGUUCAGAACUACUGGGGCAGAAGCCCACUGAUGGAAGCAGUAUGUUACAACCACAAAGAGGUUGUUCAGUUGCUGCUGAGUGCUAGUUGUGACGUGAACCGAAGGGAGUUUAAAACAGGCGACACGGCAUUGCACAUUGCAAUUAAAAGAAACUACACACGUGUUGUGGAGCUGCUCCUUGCAGCUGGCAGUCGCCAUGAUGUGUACAACCAUCAGGGAGAGACAGCAAUCCACGAUGCUGUGGCUGGCAACAAAAUGGAUGUAGCCUGGCUUCUCCUAAUCUAUAAUAUCGACCUUGAUGCCCCUGUCAAGUACUUCCCUAACGGAAUCUACAAAUCUGUGUUCAAACUGGCUGCGGAAAGAGGUCAUUACAAACUGUGCCGCCUGCUUGCAACAGUGGGACAUGUGGAUUACUCCGCUAGAAUGUAUUUCUACGCUGGGUACGUCCAAGCGCGUCCCGGGGAGCAGGACGAAGUCUUGCUGUGGCUGAGGACUGCCCUGAAACGCGUGGUGCCCUUGCAGCAAUUGUGUCGCAAAGUUAUUCGACGUCAUGCUGGACACAACCUUUGGGAGAAGGUAGAAGAACUCCCAGUUCCAAGAGCUCUCAAGGAUUACAUUCUUAUGAAGGAUAUUCUUGAUCACAGAAACGAAACUUUUGUAUAG